AUGGCUCUUAAAUCCGAAAAGCUUUUCAGCGAGAUGGCACCAAUUCUCCAAACAAACGGCGCAGAUCUUGUCAAGAAGAUUGGAGCAGUCUAUCACUUUGAAAUUCUCCCUGCACCUGGUGCUGAGCCAGUUGUUUUUACAAUUGAUCUUAAGAACGGAUCAGGGUCAUUCGCUAAAGGAAGAGUUGGAACCGCAGAUGCCACCUUCACCAUGACCGAUGACGAUUUAAUUGCUGUCGCACAAGGCAAGCUCAACCCACAAGUCGCUUUUAUGCAAGGAAAGAUGAAAAUUAAAGGAAACAUGGCAAAGGCUAGCAAGUUCACUCCUGACAUUCUCCCUAAAUCUCCAAAACUUUAA